GCAAAUGAGAAAUUUUGUUGGUCGCUCCGGUACGAUUCGCCGUCCGUCGGGCGUCACUGGCGGGUACCUACUGUGACAACACGUGUAUUGUUGGUUGAUACGUCUUGAUAAUAUUCAUUAUUCCUAUCGUCGGCUGUCCGGCGCACGGCAACGAUUUUGCCUCCUAUCAGUAUUCAGUCGUCAGCGGUCAGCACAACGCCGCCCCGUUCAAAUAUCGUCGAGAUUGUACACACACAUUUCAAACAACAAAAUAUAGAGAACUAAACAAUUCAAAAUAUAACAGAAAACUACUACACAAUAGCAUAAAGUUAAUCAUGUCGGUCAAUAAUUGCAACAGCAACGGCAACGUAGUCGUUCAGGUGGACGGCCCAAACGUACAAUAUUCCAAAGACUUCAUCGAGUCUACCAUCGAGUAUCCGAUUAACUACGCCACGAAAAAAGACAACAUUAUUUCGGUCAAACCAACCAUAACAAAACUUCGUAUCCGUACCAAGAAAACAGUGCCCAAGACGGGACUCAUGAUGGUUGGCUUAGGUGGCAAUAACGCUACAACGUUAACAGCAGGCAUACUAGCUAAUAAAUAUGGUUAUACCUGGGAAACAACAACUGGUGUUAAGACCCCAAAUUGGUUUGGGUCCAUUUCGCAGUCUUCCACCUUACGCAUUGGUAUGGAUGCGACUGGCAAAGAUGUGUAUGUGCCAUUGAAAAGUCUGGUCCCCAUGAUCAACCCGAAUGAUUUAGAAAUUGACGGCUGGGACAUCUCAUCGCUUGACCUCGGUCAGGCUAUGCAAAGGGCUCAGGUUUUAGAUGUUGACUUACAAAAAAAACUGAUGAAACAUAUGAGCGAGAUUAAACCGAGACCUUCGAUUUAUGUACCCGAUUUCAUUGCAGCCAAUCAAUCCGAACGUGCAGACAACAUAAUCAAAGGCAAUAACAAAUCUGGAGCAGUGGAUCAGAUCAGGGCAGAUAUUAGAGAUUUUAAAGAGAAAAAAGGUUUAGAUCAAGUCAUCGUACUAUGGACUGCUAAUACAGAACGAUUUAGUGACGAAGAAACUGGUCUCAAUGACACCUCAGAGAAUUUAAUGAGAUCAAUAUGUAAAAAUGCUUCAGAAAUUUCACCCUCAACCCUGUUUGCUGUCGCUUCUAUAUUAGAAGGGAGUACAUAUAUAAAUGGAUCUCCGUCAAACACGUUUGUAAAAGGUGUCAUUGAGUUGGCUGAACAAUAUGAUGUUCAUAUAGCCGGGGAUGAUUUCAAGUCUGGUCAAACUAAACUCAAGUCCGUGCUUGUUGACUUUCUCGUGGGCGCCGGGAUUAAACCUGUGUCUAUUGUGAGCUACAAUCAUUUAGGCAACAAUGACGGUUAUAAUUUAUCUGCGCCUCAACAAUUUCGGUCUAAAGAAAUUUCCAAAAGCAACGUUGUCGAUGAUAUUGUACAAUCAAACAACAUAUUGUAUAAGCCCAACGAAAAGCCUGACCACUGUGUUGUAAUUAAGUAUGUUCCGUAUGUCGGCGACUCUAAGAGAGCAAUGGAUGAAUACACCUCGGAGAUAUUUUUAAAUGGAAAAAAUACCAUGAUUAUACAUAAUACGUGUGAAGACUCAUUACUGGCGUCUCCGAUUAUCCUAGACUUAGUUGUAUUGGCUGAUGUUUUUAGCCGAAUCGAAGUUGGGUCAGACAGUUCCGACUACACACCUUUAUAUCCAGUCUUGUCGGUUUUAUCAUACAUGCUAAAAGCACCAAUAGUUCCAAAAGGCGCUCCAAUUGUGAAUUCUCUUUUCCGCCAAAAAACGUGUAUAGAAAACAUUUUAAGAGCGUGUUUGGGUUUGCCAGCUGAAAGCAACAUGCUUUUGGAAUACAUGCUACCGGCCAAUGUAUUUGUGAAUCCCAAAAACGACAAUCAUACCAACUCGACAUAUCCAAAAUUCCAACAUUAGUACAAAUUAUGUCCAAGAGUUUUAACAUAAUAUAUAUUUUAUAAAAAAAAAAAUGAUUAUAGUAAGGAACAAAUUAUCAAAAAUAUACGAAUGUGAAUUAGUUAUCAAUGGAUGGAACAAAAUGAUCAUAAAAUGACCUCGUGUAAUCUAUAGACAAAUCCUGUGUACAAACUGGUAGUUGCCCGAUUUGGGUUCCGGGUGAUCCUGCAUAAUGAGCAAAUGACGGCACCACAGUAUCAGGAGCCAGCACAGUGUUGUCCUCAAUCAUGCAACAAUCUUUUAAUAUGCAUCGUUUACCCUAAAAAUAAUAGAAAGUUAAAAUGUGUAAAGUUGUACUUUAAUUUUUAACUUACAAUUACAACAUUUUUGCCUAUAUGUACAUAGGAACCGAUAAUUGCUGCUUGAACCACACUUUGCUCGCCAAUAUGAACGUGAUCUCCAAUUUGAAGAGCAAAAUAAGUAAACCUAAAAGUUUUUAUUUUAUUUUAAUUAGUAAUUUAAAAAAAAAUUUGUCAACUCAAACCAAGAAUAGAACAUUCUAAUUUACUAUUCAAUAAAAAUAAAAAUAAAA